GAGCGCGCUGGUCAUGGGCGGCCGCAGGCCGGGGGGUGUCCGGGCUGAGCCCUGCUGAGCCCGCCGGGCGGGCCAUGGGCGACCGCGAGCGCAACAAGAAGCGGCUGCUGGAGCUGCUGCAGGCGGCGGGCACCGGCAACGCUCACUGCGCGGACUGCGGGGCGGCAGAUCCCGACUGGGCCUCUUACAAGCUGGGCAUCUUCAUCUGUCUGAACUGCUCCGGAGUCCACCGCAACUUCCCAGACAUCAGCAAAGUGAAAUCCCUGAGACUUGACUUCUGGGACGACAGUACGGUGGAGUUUAUGACCCACAACGGGAACCUCCGAGUGAAGGCCAAGUAUGAAGCCAGAGUCCCUGCUUUCUACUAUAUCCCCCAGGCCACCGACUGCAUGGUCUUAAAGGAACAAUGGAUUCGAGCUAAGUAUGAGAGACAGGAAUUUAUGGCUGAUGGGAAAACCAUCUCACCCCCAGGUAACCGAGAAGGGGUCCUGUGGAAACGGGGAAGGGACAACGCCCAGUUCCUGAGAAGGAGGUUUGUCCUCCUGGCAAGAGAAGGCCUCCUGAAGUACUACACUAAAGAAGAGGGCAAAGAGCCCAAAGCUGUCAUCAGCAUCAAGGACUUGAAUGCCACCUUCCAGACAGAGAAAAUAGGGAACCCCCACGGGCUGCAGAUCACCUACCGGAAAGAGAGCCACGUCAGGAACCUGUUUGUGUAUCACGAAAGUGGGAAGGAGAUAGUGGACUGGUUCAAUGCCCUCCGUGCAGCCCGUCUCCAAUACCUAAAAAUGGCCUUUCCUGAGCUCCCGGAGGCAGAGCUCGUGCCCCUCAUCACCAGGAACUACCUCAAACAAGGCUUCAUGGAAAAGACUGGUCCAAAGCAGAGAGAACCUUUCAAGAAAAGGUGGUUUGCCCUGGAUCCCCAGGAGCGGAGGCUGCUCUAUUACAAGAACCCGCUGGACGCCUUUGAGCAGGGCCAGGUAUUUCUCGGGAGCAACGAGCAGGGGUACCAGGUGUAUGAAGACCUUCCCAAGGGCAUCCGAGGGAAUCGCUGGAAAGCCGGCCUCACCAUCAUCACCCCCCAGCGGAGAUUCGUCUUCACCUGCCCCAGCGAGAAGGAGCAGCGCGAAUGGCUGGAGAGUUUUGGGGAUGUCCUCUCCCGCCCCUUGACGCCCCUCAACCUCCUCAGUAAGAUGCAGGGCCUGGGCUUUGUUCCUCUGGCCGAGGGCAGCAGGCAGAAAGGGGCUCCUUCACUUGGGUUCAGCUGGGAGCCCUGAAACUGGGGUCAUGGCUCUCGACUGCCCUCUUUCCAUUUCCUCCUCUUCCUGCCAAAGAAAAGUUCAGACAGUGCCCAUUAUUGCCAGAGAACCCUCUCUGUCCACGCUCAGUUCCUCUACUGGGAGCCUUUCUCUAGCGGCCCCUGGAGGAGUUUCGCCCUGGCGGAGCUCUCGCUUAGAUCCCCUUUUCUGCCCUGCUCAGUCCAGGAGCUCAGCAGCCUCUCUGCCCCUCCACCCUCUGCCCCGAGUCCCUUUUCUCAUGAGAAAACCCUGGCCUGUUAUUAAGGUCACAGCCGCUGAGCAGCUCCUGGGAUUUUGGAUUCCUCCUCCCUCAUAGAGGGAAGACUAUUUUUAGGGCCCUUCUUUCUUCUGGGUCCUCUCGUCUGUCUGUCCCUCUCCUGCUCUCCCCUUCACCCCAGAUGGGUCACAGGCAGGCUUCCCAUCUGCAGACAGCCCCAUGAAAGGAGGGGAGAUAUUCUGAGCCAGAGCAGGAAGCUUCUGGCCCGGGGCCUGGCUGCUGGGACACCGAGGAGGAGUUCUGUGUUUGGAAAAGUACAGACUGAACAGAUGACCCCGCACGGCCCCUUGGGAGGAACCCUUGUGCCCUUUGAGUCUGACCAGGAUAAACACAAACUUGCUUCACGUUCCAAAACCCCAGAGCCUCAGAGCCUCAGAAAUGGGCACGGAAGUUGUCAGUGAGGCAGAUGGUGCUUUUUACCCCCGGGGGCCUGUGUGUCUGGGAGUCUCUGUUUCUUUCUGUUUCUGUGUCUGACUCUCUGCUUUUCCCUCCUUCUCUGGUGUGUGUGUCCCCUCUGUCUAUCACCUUUCCAAUCUAUUUUUUACUCUGGUUCCCUCUGUCAUUGUCCCCCUGCCCCCCUACUGUUCCUUCCCUCCAGCGGGACUGCAUUGGCACGGCCACGCCCCCAGCCCUUUUCUUGUCCCCCUUGUAGCUGCAUCAACAGAGAGUGGCCGCAGCUGCAGGUGACCCACUGUCCACCCAGCGCACCUGGUGAGGAGAAGACGUUCUCACCUUGGCCUUGGGGGCCCUGCAGGAGUGCCCCCCAGUUGGCAGAUCACAGGCAGUAAACUCUGCCAGGACUGAAGCUUUGGCCUUAACCUGCCGGCUCCCUGGGCUUCCCGGCUGCCCAGCCCUGGGUGGGGGGCCUACGGAUCUGGCAAAUGUCCUCAGGGCCCAGACAUCUGAAAUGAAGGCAUCACAAUGGAAAGGCACCCACAGCAUCACGCAAGCGGCAUGCUUGCUGAAAACAAUAACAAAAAGUUUAAUCUGGAUCGUGAGGAGACGGUGAGACAAGUCCACGUGAGAGAAGUUCUGCAAAGCAGCUGGCUAGACUCUUCAAGAAUGUCAAUAUCGUGAAAGAUCAAGUAGUCUGGAAACUAUUCUAGAUUAGAGAAGACUAAACAGACAUAGCAACAAAAUGCAAUUGAUGAUUCUUGAUUGGAUCCUGGAUUUUUAAAAAAAUGGUUAUGAAGGAAAUCAUUGAGAUAACUGGGGAAAUUUAAAUAUGGAUAUAUAUUCGCUAGUAAUAUUGUAAGAUUGUGAUGAUUAUGCUGUAUUUUGCAGGAGAAUGCUCUUUUUCUCAGGGAAUACGUGCUGAAGUGUUCAUGGGUAACAUGUAAUCAUGUCUACAACUGACUUAAAUGGUUCAGCAAAAAAUAAGUAUAUGUGUAUGUGUGUACGUAGAGAGUAUAUACACAUAUAGUAUAUAUGUGUAUAUAUAUAUACACCACAUAUAUACUAUAUAUACACAUAUAUACACACAUAUAUAUGUAUACUAUAUAUAAACAUAUAGUAUAUAUGUGUAUAUACUCUCUACAUACACAACGUACACAUAGACAUAGUGUGUGUGCAUUUAUGUAUGGAAGACAGGUACACAAGUCUAUGUGUACACACACACACAGGGGGAGGGAGAGAAAGCAGGCCACUGUGCAAAAUGUUAGCACCUGAUGAAUCUAGAUGAAGUAUAGCUGGAUAUUUAUUGUCCAGUUCAUGCAAAGUUUCUAUAGAUUUGAAAGUUUUCAAAUUUAGAAGUUGGGGGAAAAUUUUUUUUAAAGAACAUCCACUUUUCACUUUUCAAAAGUAGUGGGUUUUCCACAUGAAUAGAAAAUGUUCCUGGUAGAGUUCUACCUUUGUGCACAUUUUAAAAGAAAUAAAAGCCCAGAUAAUACCCAAAACAAACAAACAAACAAAAAACCAAUGUCCCCAGUGACCAUCCACGCACUCUGGAAGGAAAGAAGGAAGCCGAGAAGAUAACUCAGCUGGACCCCACCCCAUGUCUAGCCCGAAUGCCAGGUCUGGCCCUGCUGCUAAUGAGACUGCUAGAAAACUCACUUCCUCACCUCUGUGCCUUGGUUUUUCUCUUUCAAAUGAGGAAGUUGUACUAACUACUGAAAUUCAAUGGAAGCAACAAGUAUUUUUGAGCACCUCCCAGGUGCCGGGCUGUGUGCCAGGCCCUGGGAAUAGGCAGGAACCAGAUGACGUGGUCCCUGCGGUCACAGAUUUCAGUCUGCUGGAAGGCAGCCUGUACACAAGGCAGCACAAUGAGGCCACUGUUCAGAAAGGGGAAGUGCAGGCUGCUGCAUGGCGAUAGGGUUCACCCUACCUGAGGGGAGAUGGGAGCCUCCUUCCUCUCCAGAAAGUGAUGUUGAAGUCGAAACCUUAAACUGCUUAGAGGUUCAUCAAAGGGAAGAGGGCCAGGAAAACACUGUAGGCUGAGGGAAGAAAAUGUUCAGAGGCUCCCAGGUGGGAAAGAGGAACUGAAAGAAAUCUCAAGUGGCUGAAAUGUUAGAGAAAGAGAUCACCCAGGUCUCUGCUCUGUGAUUCUUUGUCCCCUCCAGUGACAUGGAGAAAGACAUUGAGUGUUUUCAUUUCAGUGGAGACCCAGAGGGUUGAGAGGGUCUUUAAGAGAGUCUCUGCUUUUUAUGGGAUUUUCCUUUGACCCCCCAGUCAGAGGACAAGCAAUAUCAUUGGGGUGUCUUUCCUGAGGCUUCCUGACUGCCCAGAUGAAGACGUGGUUGCUUCCUCUUCCGGCUCCUAAACCUCCUUGAAAAUGUCUGUUUCAACACCUGCCGGGUUAUAUACUAAGGGUCAAUUUACUUGUCUGCCUUUUCUUUUUUUUUUUUAACACCCAUGAGCUCUGUUGGCUAUACUCUGCUAAGUUCUGAGGAUGACAAAAUCAAUAAAGGCAUUAUUCCACCUUCAAGGAACUUAUCACCCAGAGAGGAGGAAAGACAGAUAAACAGGCAAUAACAAAACUGCUUGAAGAGGCAAAUUGGGAUUCUCAGGAGCCCCUCAGAGGGGUAGAGAACAGACACAAGAGAUGGAGACACAAUCCCAGUGAAAUGGAGUGCCUGGUUUUGGUUGAUGUCUGAGGCCUGGCUGAAUCUCUGUCUUUGGGUUUCCCAAGGAUACCUCUGUACUCUUACAUUAAAUCCUCUUCUCCUCUUUGACUUGAUUGUACCAAGAGAUUUCUGUUACUUGAAUUGGUUCUAACUAAUGAAGUUCUCCAAAAGAGAUGAUAUUUAUGCUGAGUCCUGCAGAAGAUACCUGGGUUGGGGUGGGGGGGAGGCAGAGGAAGAGUGUGUGUAC